AUUUGAAAACACGAAGUGCAAACUGUACAGAACAAAAAUAAACUGCUAUAUUAUGAUACCACGACAUUAAUACCAUAGGACCUGAGUUUUAAAAAAUGUAAUGGAUCGAUCAAGAAUGCACAUCAGCUGACUGCAUAAUCUGCCAAAUGAAGAACAUCUACACAAGCAGACGAGUUCAUGAAGCAUUAUUAUAUAUCAUAUGCAGGUCGUCCGUCUGCAAUGCAGAACUUGUUUGCAAAUGAAGCGGAUGUUUAUGGAAUACAUGCAUGCAGAUGAACUGACUCCGAAUCGAUGCGCUCAACAUUUCCAUAUAUAGGCUUUGGGACAGGAGCGCCUUCACGACCGCUGAUCCCAGAACAGCAGCCAUGACCUCCCCCGAGCAGAUAAUAGAGAUCGUGAUGGAUGACAAGACGUACAAUGUGAGUAAAAGCAAACUAAUCGAGAAGAGCGAUUACUUCCGCGCGCUCUACAGCUCCGGGAUGCGCGAGUCCGCGGAGGAUUCGGUGCGGCUGCGGGGACUGAGCGCGCCCGGGCUCGAGCUAGUGCUGGAGUUCAUCAACACCUCCAAAGUUCAGGUGGACAACGAGACUCUGGAGGACCUGAUCGAAACAGCAUCCUUCCUGCAAGUCACGUCCAUCCUAAAGCUGCUUCUGUCUGAAAUCAAGCAGGAGAACUGCGUGGAGCUCUUCAAGCUCUCUGAGGUCUAUGGGAUGCACGAGCUGAGAAGGGCUUGCCUGAAAUUCAUGAGCUGUUAUUAUCAUCCUAUGCUGCGCAGGCCAGAGUUCAGGAUGUUGGCAGCUAAUGUGCGAGAACAGAUCCGAGAUAUCCGCCUGAAAGGCACAGCCACUUUAGUAGCAAUAGGGGAUUUUACUCACACCUGUCUGGAUUUGGCGAAUCAGGAUGAGCCUUGGUCCAUGUUGAGGUAUGGUGAGGUAGAACAACGCUGGAAACCUCUGGCCAGCAACCUUCCUCAGGAUAUGAUCAAUGUCAGGGGUUAUGGAUCUGCUGUGCUGGACAACUACUUGUUUAUUGUUGGAGGAUACAGAAUGACAAGUCAAGAGAUCUCAGCCGCACAUUGUUACAACCCCUCCAAGAAUGAGUGGAACCAAGUGGCAUCUCUGAACCAGAAGAGAUCAAACUUCAAGCUGCUGGCGGUGAGUGGGAAGCUGUAUGCGGUUGGAGGUCAUUGUCUGGGUACAGUGGAGUGUUACAGUCCUGAGCAGGACUGGUGGACGUGUGUGGCGCCUCUGCCUGAUCCUCUCGCUGAGUUCUCUGCCUGUGAGUGUCAGGGCAUGAUCUACGUCAUGGGCGGUUAUACCUCUAAAGACAGAAACACCAACGUCCUGCGCUACUGUCCUGUCUCGGACGCAUGGUCUGUUUUCCAUUCUUGUUCGGCUCAUGUGCGCAAGCAGCAGAUGCUCUCUGUGGAGGACACCAUCUACCUGGUGGGAGGCUACACGCAUGAGCUGGAAGCUAGAGAAAGCGGACGGCGGAGGCUCAGCCAGACAGAGGACAUGCUGACAGUACAGUCCUACAACGUGCAGACCGGAGAAUGGUUGCAACUUAAGGAAAACACAUCGAAAUCAGGCUUGAACCUCACCUGCACACUGCACAACGAUGGCAUCUACAUCAUGAGCAGAGAUGUCAGCCUGCCAACCAGCCAGGAGCACCGCGUCUUCCUCAAAUACAAUAUCUUCUCAGAUGCCUGGGAGGCUUUCAGACGCUUCCCUGCUCUGGGACAGAACAUGCUGCUUUGCUCUCUCUACCUGCCCAACGUGCUCUGAGGCAAUGGAUCCGGACGGGAGAUAAUGAUGAUAGCACAGAUUUUGUUGCAGACAUGUCAGAAUUGGAGGAGAUCGCCAUAUUGGUUUACCAAAUCAGAAGAAAAACCUGGGGGAGAUAUUAAAGGGAUUGUUUAGCCAAAAA